AUGACGAUUCGCAAGCUCGACCCAGCAUCUCUCGAAGAGUGGGAGAAAAGUGUUAGCGAGAAACGCGAGCCCCCCACGUUUGCGGAGCUCAAGGCGUUUCUCAUCGGUCGCAUCCACACCCUCAAAGCCGUGGAGCAAGCUCGUGCUCAUAAUCAAAUCGCGACGUCGAAACCGCACUCAUCGCAAGGAAGGUCAAAUCUUCAGACGACAAGGUCACAUACAGCGCAAUCAAAGGAACAGUCGUGUGCUUGUUGCAAAGGCAACCACUACAUUGCGUUCUGUUCGACCUUUCGCGACAAAUCUCUGGAUCAAAGAAGGAAAGUGGUUUCUGCGAAAAAGCUUUGCUUCAAUUGUCCCGGUCCACAUCAGCAGAAGGACUGUCGAUCCAACAAAACGUGUCGCGUGUGCAACGGUCGACAUCAUUCCUUGCUGCAUCGAAACUCUUCUUCAAUCUCGACAGCUGCUAACAGCGGCACAUCUCAAGGACAGGCUGCAGUAGCGCAACCAGCAGUGCAGAACGCACCGAUCUCGAAUAGCGCCUCUCAGGUGAGCAACCACUCAGCUCAGCCUACAAUGAUCAAGCGCUCUCCAGUUCUUCUCGCCACAGUGCAAUUGAUCGCUUCGAAUCCGGAGACUGGAGAAAGAAUCAUCGCUCGCGCUGUACUCGAUCAAGGAUCCGAAAGUUCAUUCGUCACGGAGUCGCUAGCGCAACAAUUGCGACUACGUCGGCAUCAAGCAACGAUACCGAUCAUUGGCGUCGGAGCUCAUCAAUCGACAGUGACUUGCGGCAUCGCGACAUUGCAACUCCAAUCUCGUGCUCACACCUCGUUCUCAUGUCAGGUGGGGGCACUCGUGCUUCCACGACUCACAUCGUAUCUACCCUUAUUUCGACUUCUCGUCGAAGACUGGCCUCAUCUACGAGGACUCAACCUCGCGGAUCCAAGCUUUGCACAUCCCAGUCAAAUCGACGUAAUUCUCGGAGCUGACAUCUACAGCAACAUCAUUGGUCAAGGAGUUCGAAGAGGAGCACCAGGAACACCAAUCGCGCAAGAAACUCAGUUCGGUUGGGUCCUCUCCGGCUGCGUUUCAGCGGAAGCAGCAAGCCCCUCGUAUGGCGCAGUCCAAGGCUUCCAAUGCUCCCUCGAUCACGAACUGCUCGAUCUCGUGCAGCAGUUUUGGAAGCAGGAAGAAGUGUCGAAACCUUUGGCACUAACUUCCGAAGAAGAGCGUUGUGAGCAACACUUUCGCGAAACGAACUGCGUCUUUUUCUGCGAACUUUCUCGAACUGCGUCCGGUCGUUACGUAGUUCGGCUGCCGCUCGAAGACAAUUUAGUAGAGCUCGGCAACUCGCGGAAUCCCGCGCAUCAAAUGCUCUUUUGUUUGGAGAAACGGUUCGGUAGCGACGCGAAACUCAAGGAGGCUUACUCGAGCUUCCUUCGUGAAUAUCGAGAACUCGGGCACAUGCGUCGCGCUAUCAAUACACCUGAAGACAAUUCCCGCGUGUUUUAUCUUCCCCAUCACGGUGUAGUUCGCGACAGCAGUUCAACAACAAAGUUGCUUGUCGUGUUCAACGGGUCUCAAAGAACCAACCUCGGACUCUCUCUCAAUGACAAUCUUCUCGUCGGUCCAAAAGUGCAAACCGACCUCGCGGACAUUCUCUUACGCUGGCGACAAUAUCCAGUCGCGUUCUCAUCAGACGUCGUCAAGAUGUACCGACAAAUUUUGGUCCACAAUGAUGACCAAGAUUUUCAGCGAAUCCUCUGGAGGGAAGAACCAGAGCUACCGAUUGAAGAAUAUCAACUGACUACGGUAACGUAUGGUCUUGCAAGCGCUCCGUAUCUCGCGAUCCGUGUUCUUCAUCAACUCGUUCAGGACGAAGGUAAGCAGUAUCCCCUUGCGAGCCACGUCAUUCUCGAGAACACGUACGUCGACGACAUCCUCUCAGGAGCAGAGGACGUUGAUCAAGGUCGCGAGAAGAUCAACGAACUCAAUCAAUUGCUCAAGGCGGGCGGCUUUGAACUUCAAAAGUGGACUUCAAGCCACUCAGAAACUCUCGUUGACAUUUCUCGAAACCAUCAAGAGAUCGCGAUGCAUCUGAAUCUCGAUCAAAGUCCAUUCUUUCGGGCUCUCGGUCUUGCGUGGAGACCGGACAUCGACGCGUUCGCGUUCUCUCCGCAAAUUCAUCAAACUCGGGACAAUUUCACAAAACGAAAAGUUCUCUCACAAACCGUGCAGCUCUUUGAUCCUCUCGGAUGGCUCUCGCCGAUCACGAUCAGAGCCAAAAUCUUCAUGCAGGAAUUGUGGGCACUCGGUUUCGACUGGGACGAGCCGCUCUCAGCUUCAUUGUCCUCGCGAUGGAUCGAGUUUCUACAAGAUCUUCAAGGCAUCUCAGCUAUCACCAUCCCACGAUGGAUCGGGUUAAGUUCAGCAUCUCUCGGGAUAGAGAUCCACGGUUUCGCGGACGCCUCUCAAAGUGCAUCAGGCGCAGUGAUCUACGCGCGAACGUAUAUCAACACUCACGAAGUGCGCGUUUCACUAGUGUGCGCGAAAACUAAAGUAGCGCCGCUAAAGAAGGUGACAAUUCCUCGUCUCGAACUCUGUGCUGCGAAUCUUCUCGUCCGGUUGAUGUGUCAUGUGGAAAACACUCUUAAUUUCGAAAACACCCCGGUUUAUCUGCGGACGGAUUCCACAGUCGCGCUCGCGUGGAUCAAAAGCCACCCAUCGCGGUGGAAGGAAUUCGUUCGUAAUCGCGUAACGGAAAUCCAAGAGUUCGCGCGCGCUCGUUGGUAUCACAUCUCGGGUUUUGAAAACCCCGCUGAUCUUGCGUCUCGUGGUGCAUCUCCGAAGCAACUCCAAAAAUCAGAACUUUGCUCCUUCGGACUAUCCUGA